CCGGUAAUGUUUUGGAUUCACGGUGGUGGACUGAGUAUUGGCUCAAUAUUUCAGCCCCUAUACAAUGGCAGCAUAUUGGCCACCAACGAUGUGAUAGUGGUCUCUGUUAAUUACCGCCUAGGUCCUUUUGGAUUUUUAUACGCCGGUGCCGAUCACGAGCAUACAGUGGCCGGCAAUGCGGGCUUUUAUGACCAGCUACUGGCCCUGCAAUGGGUAAGGGAUAAUAUACACUUGUUUGGUGGCGAUAAAAACAUGGUAACCAUAUUUGGUCAAAGCGCGGGCAGUUGGUCGGUGUCGGCACAUGUGUUGUCUCCGUUAUCUAAAGGCCUAUUCAAGAGGGCUAUUAUGUCGAGUGGAGCCCAUAUGUACAGUAAGCGCAGGGAUAUUGUGACCAAAACGGAUGCUGUAAAUAUGGCUAAACAUUUGGCACGUGAUCUAAAUUGCGAUGACCAUGGUGAUUGGGUAGAUUGUUUGCGAAAGAUUGACGCACACGAGUUGGUCAAGUCUAUGACGCCGUUGACGUUCCCGGUGUUGGGCACCAAGUUUUUGCCCCUUUCGGCCGCUGAGGCUUUCCAGCAAAAUAUGUUUAAUUCAGACAUAGAUCUUUUGGCUGGUGUGAGCCGAGACGAGGGUCCAUUGUUGGCCAAAGUUUCCUACCCAUAUGUGUUUGGUGCAAAUAUUACAAUGGAUAAAUUUAUGGAAACCUUGAACAAAUUAAAUAAUGUAUUUCAC